CUUCAGGCACCCAAUUGAAAGCUACCAUUCAAUCCCAAAACCAGAUUUUUGAGUGCGGUCGCCACGACAGAACCCAAGUUGCUAUAUAUAAAUGCAAUCUCCACUUACCCUUUCCUUCAUAUAAUCAUCAAACUGGGAUUGAUUCAUUAAGCUCUGAAGAACAGAGCAGAAGAGAGAUUACUAAGGCAAGAUGAUUCACUUGAAGCAAGGUGAUAUGUUUGCUCAAGUAGGAUCUGUGAUUGCUAGCUUGAUGUUCGUUUGGGCCAUGUUCAAACAAUACUUCCCUUAUGAACUGCGAGAUCGUCUCGAGAAAUAUACUCAAAAAGCCUUCACCUUUGUUUAUCCUUACAUUCAAAUCACAUUCCAUGAGUUCAUCGGCGAGCGUCUGAUGCGCAGUGAAGCUUACUCUGCUAUUGAGACUUAUCUUAGCUCCAGUUCUUCUAUGCAGGCUAAGCGGCUCAAGGCUGAGGUAGUCAAGAACAAUCAGUCACUUGUUUUGAGCAUGGAUGAUCAUGAAGAGGUUGCUGAUGAAUACAAAGGAGUCAAGCUAUGGUGGGCAUCUGGGAAGAAUGUUUUCAAGUCACAAACGUUGUCGUUUUAUCAGAUUACAGAUGAGAAAAGGUAUUACAAGCUCAGGUUCCAUAAGAGACAUAGAGAUCUCAUCAUUGGGCCAUACCUUAAUCAUGUCCUGAAAGAGGGUAGAGCUCUUAAGGUGAAAAAUCGCCAGAGGAAGCUUUACACUAAUAAUGGGUCUUAUUGGAGCCAUGUAGUGUUUGAGCAUCCUGCUACAUUCAAGACACUAGCACUUGAGCCAGAGAAGAAGAAGGAGAUUAUAGAUGAUUUGAUCACAUUCAGCCAGGCAGAAGAAUUCUAUUCAAGAAUUGGCAGGGCCUGGAAGAGAGGGUAUCUACUGUAUGGUCCUCCAGGGACUGGUAAGUCCACUAUGGUUGCAGCCAUGGCCAAUCUUUUGAAUUAUGAUAUAUAUGAUCUCGAAUUGACUGCUGUAAAGGACAACACUGAGUUGAGAAAGCUUUUAAUUGAGACAUCAAGCAAGGCUAUUGUUGUGAUAGAGGACAUUGAUUGUUCUCUUGAUCUCACUGGUCAGAGGAGCAAGAAAAAAGAAGAAGAAAAACAAGGGGAUGAUAAGGAACAAAAACCAAAAUCACCGAAAGAAGAAAGAGAUGGGAAGAACAGCCAGGUUACUCUUUCUGGGCUAUUGAAUUUUAUUGAUGGGUUAUGGUCAGCUUGUGGGGGAGAAAGGCUCAUCGUCUUCACAACAAAUUUUGUAGAGAAACUUGACCCAGCUCUCAUCAGGAAAGGAAGGAUGGACAAGCACAUAGAAUUGUCGUAUUGCAGCUUUGAGGCGUUCAAGGUGUUGGCUGACAAUUACCUUCGACUUGAAUCACACCACCUGUUUGAUAAAAUUAGUGCCCUACUGAAGGAAGCCAAAAUGACUCCUGCUGAUGUUGCUGAGCAUUUGAUGCCGAAGACUGUUCCUGGGAAUGCUGAAGCCUGUUUGGAGAGUCUCAUUGAAGCCCUUGAAACGGCAAAAGAGGAAGCGAAGUUGAAAGCCGAGGAAGCAGCACGAGAGAAGGAAUCAUCAUCAGCAAAAGAAGAAGCAAAAGAGGCAGAUAAUAAGGACCCAAUAUCAGAAAAAGAACAGUAGCAAUCCACCGCUUUUGAAAUAGCCAGAGAUGAUGAAAAUAGAACCAGUAGUAUCCGUUAAUAAACUUGGCAGAAUUGGGUGAAGCAAAUCAGUGUCAGAGGGAAGGUUUUUAAGGAUUGAACAAGUAAUUGUAGGCCAUGUCCUCUGGUUCCAUUCCAAUCAUUAUCAAUGUAAUCCAAUUCUUCUUUUGUCGAA